CGCAGAUGAAGAGGAAGUUGUCCUACUCGUUGUAUUUUUAUAUUUUCGGGAUGUUUUCCUUGGUUGUUUGACAGGUGUUUUUAUGAAAUUGAUUAGAUUACCGUGUUGUUUGUUACUUUAGUAUAGAUUACCAUCAUUAUUUAUUAUACAUUAAAAUGUCAGUUUUAAUAUUAUAAAUUUGGAAAAAGUAGAAAAUCCGUGAUGCAAGUAUCGCGUACGGCAUAGAAAAGAACGUAAGUUUUUAUUUCGAGCGAUGACGUUUUCUGUGAAUCAGUAGAUUACGGUCGGUCGGUCGGUCGGUACGAGCGAUGUCGAUGCGAUGACUCUGCUGUGUAAAUAGAUGUAGAGCGUAGAGUUGUGUGGAGUUACGAAUAAUGGCGUCUCCGCGACCAAAAUCUCCACGACCACCUAUAUCUGCAAAGAAAGAUGACAAAGAAGAGAGUUUUUGGGAUAAAAUUGGAACUUUGGGCAGGAAAAAACGAAUUAAAGAAGUGCAAGAAGUGCAAGAGGAAGGGAAAUAUGCAAUCGACUCCCCAGGAUAUGCGGCUAAUCCUGAAAUGCCACCAGAGGAAUACACGUUAGAUGAAAACGAAGAACGUUCCAUGAUAGAGCCUAGAUCUUCGGAGGAUUCUAAGCUCAAAGAACUUGAAUUCGUCUUGAUCGAAUGGAUCAACGAUGAAUUAGCCGAUCAGCGUAUCAUCGUGAAAGAUAUCGCGGAAGAUCUCUACGAUGGACAGGUGUUGCAAAAGCUGUUAGAAAAAUUGACGGGAGAAAAGUUAGAUGUACCCGAAGUGACUCAAUCGGAGGAAGGUCAGAAGCAAAAGUUGUCUGUUGUUUUAUCGACGGCUAAUCGUGUAUUGCAUGUAUACCCGCCUUAUAAAUGGAGCGUCGAAGCGGUGCAUUCGAAGAAUAUCGUCGCUAUUCUACAUUUAUUGGUUGGAUUAGCGAGACAAUUUCGCGCCCCCGUAAGAUUACCGGAGAGAGUGGCCGUUCAAGUUGUCAUCGUACGUAAAAAGGAUGGUCAACUGAUACACAGAACGGUUAGAGAAGAAAUUACAUCGACGUACGACGAUUUAGGAAUGCGAUGCGAACGCGAUGCUUUCGACGACCUUUUCGACAAUCCGUCCGAUAAGCUAGCCGUGGUUAAAAAAUCGUUGAUUACCUUCGUUAACAAGCAUUUAAAUAAAGUGCACUUGGAGGUAACAGAUUUGGAUACGCAAUUUCACGACGGUGUGUUUCUGACGCUGUUACUUGGUCUCCUGGAGGGAUUUUUCGUGCCGCUAGGUAGCUUCCAUUUGACGCCUAAAACACACGAUCAAAAAGUGCACAACGUUUCAUUCGCAUUUGACAUUAUGCAGGAUAUCGGGUUGCCAAAACCCAAAGCCCGGUCCGAAGAUAUCGUGAAUUUGGACCUCAAGUCGACUCUUCGAGUGUUGUAUAAUUUGUUCACCAAGUACAAGGGCAUGAACUGACAAUGAGAAGAAAAACAUUUCGUUGACGAAUGAAUUUAAUAAGAGACGAAAACCUAACGUUAUUAUUAUUAUUUAUUAUUAUUUUCAUCAACGAUAUUACCAAUUUACUAAUCAAAGAGUAUUUUCUAUAUCGAAUAACAGCAAAUAUGUCGUUAUUCUUUUAACAAUAUAAGUCAAGUUUUAUAAGUGAAAGAAAUAUAUCGUUUACAUUUUGAAAUUGUU